CAUUUCUGAACUGAAGGGACGCCGCCGCUUCGCGUAGACUCCUCGCCUUUUUUAUACACUCAUUUAAGUAAAUAAACUAGGUUCUUUGUCGUUAACUGGGACCAUUUCUUAAAGGUAUCGAGUGAAACAGCAGUUAUUUUUCAUCGCGGGGUGCUGUUUCAGUAGUGGCUGGAACUGUAGCUAGCAUUUUAUUCCCCAUUUUAACUUUACUAAGCGGCGUUUUCCGCCGUUUUUUUUCUUUCCGCCGCCCCGCUCACUACCCCCUUGCGCGUGAGUAGGGGCCUGCAACGUUGAUUUGGCCACGAGGCGCGUCGGUACAGUUGGAACGAUGGCGGAGUUCGGCAACGGACUGGCGGAGGAAUCGCUACUAGAUUCAGACCCCGGACAUCCCGAGCUGGAAGACCCGGGAGUCGGUGACGAAGAACCGGGGUUAGAAGAGGGGGAGGCCUCGAUUGAAGACCCGGAGCUGGAGGCAAUCAAAGCCCGGGUGAGAGAGAUGGAGGAAGAGGCAGAGAAGCUGAAGGAGCUCCAGAACGAGGUGGAGAAACAGAUGAAUCUCAGCCCCCCACCAGUCGGCCCUGUCAUCAUGUCCAUCGAGGAAAAGAUGGAAGCUGAUGGCAGAUCUAUUUAUGUCGGAAAUGUGGACUAUGGUGCCACGGCAGAAGAGCUCGAGGCUCACUUUCAUGGCUGCGGUUCAGUAAACAGAGUCACCAUCCUAUGUGACAAAUACACAGGGCAUCCCAAAGGCUUUGCAUAUAUUGAGUUUGCAGACAAAGAGUCUGUUAGGACAGCCAUGGCUUUGGACGAGUCCCUUUUUAGAGGAAGGCAGAUAAAGGUUGGCGCUAAGAGAACAAACAGACCCGGCAUCAGCACCACAGACCGCGGCUUUCCACGGGCUCGGUUCCGAUCACGGGGCGGCGGUGGCGGAGGGGGAGGGGGAGGGGGAGGUGGCGGAGGAAGCUUCUCGUCGCGGGCACGCUAUUACAGUGGCUACACACCACCCAGAGGCAGAGGCCGGGCCUUCAGGUUUCAGGACCAGUGGAGGCUGACGACCCCUCCCCAAGUGGCGCAGGCCCCCCCCACUGUCUCCGCAGCGUCUCUCUCUCUCUCUGCUCCCGCUAUGCACACUCACCCCAUCCUGUCCGUGUGGGGGGGCGGGGGAGGGGGGCAGGGCGACCACAGGCCUGCUGCGGGGGGCAUUUACUACAACAGCAAACGCUGAUGAGGCUUUUAGACCCUUUCACACUUCCACACACACACACACACACACACACACACACACGGCACGUUAACAGGCAGCCAAUCAACACAUGAUUUAUAUUCAGAGAGCUGAUGCCAACUUAGCGGAGUGGCAGGCAAAUCUGCGUGAGGGUGAGGAAGGCAGGACCAGAGACGAGGGUGUUUUUCGGGGGGGUGUACAGUGCGGACCUUAAAACCCCCCCCCCUUUCUCUGACGACGCGCAGUGCAGUCACGGCUUGUCUGAGGAAGGCCGACAAGCUAACGGCAUUGAGUAUUAAUUUAAUUAUUGGAGUGGGCCGGCGCUGUUAUUUUAGGGUGGGGAACGUCAGGGGUGGGGGUUUGUGUGGAGACUUUCUUUUUUGAGCAGGGGGAGUGGGUUUGAACAAGUGUUUUGCUUUUUUUAAUUUUAUUUUUAACCCAUGAUCCUGUAAUUAGAGAAAAAAAAUAAAGACAUUGUGUAAAAAUGA